CAAAACAGCGUCCUUAGUUUUCUUUCACCGUUUCUCUCACAAUCUUCUUCCCUCUCAGAGCAAUCUGUUUAUUUUUUAUUUUUCUAAAAUGAGAAGCGGUGGGACCAUGAACUCAGGAGCACCGAUGGCAUCAGAAUCUGCAAUGUCACAGCACUCUCCAUGGCAUUCUCCGGUGCCUUACCUGUUCGGUGGCUUGGCAGCCAUGUUGGGUUUAAUAGCUUUCGCUCUGCUCAUCCUCUCUUGUUCUUAUUGGAAACUUUCUGGGUAUUUAGAGAACGGUGACGAUACCGAAAGGGAUCCCGAGAACGGUGACGAGAAGGGCAACGACGAAAUCAAAGUUCCAUCUGUGUUUGAAGAGAAGAUUGUGGUGAUCAUGGCAGGGGACAAGAAACCUUCCUUCAUUGCUACACCUAUUUCAAGCAGGGCUUCUUCUUUUGGUGAUAAUAACAAGAAGAACAACUGUGAUGCUGAGAAAUCUGACAAGAACAAGACCCCCAAAGAAGAGAUGGGUCAUCAAGAACACCAACACCAACAGCAGCACCAAGAAGUAGCAGAGGAGAACAGAGAGACAAAUCAGAGCCUGAAUCACGAGACCCAGAACCAGAACCAGAACCAGUGAGCCCUUUUCUUAGAGAGAGAGAAAGAGAGAUGCUCGUAUUUCAGGUUUUGGAUUGAUCGCUGAAUAUGAGCUUUUUAGAAAAUAUUUUCUUUUUUAUUUUUCCUCCCUCCUUAAGAGAUCCUUCGGGAAUGUAAAAAUUUUGAGAAGAAAUCGAAGCGACAACUUAAUUUGGCUCA